GCAGCCCUCCUCCUCCCGCCGCGGGAGCCUGAGGAGCGGCGGGCAGGACUACGGUCCCCGUGGGGCGCGGCGGCGGGCGCGCCUGCGCGGCGGGGGCAGGGGGAGGAGGCGGAAGCGGCGGCGACAGCGGGCCCGCCCGGGCGCCGCCAUGCCCCGGGACAACAUGGCGUCCCUGAUCCAGCGGGUGGCGCGGCAGGCGCGCAUCACCUUCCGCAGCCCGGCGGGGCCGGCCUUCGGGGAGAACCUGCACCGGCUGCAGCAGCUGCUGGACGAGGUGCGCGCCGAGGACUUGCACUUGGCGCCGCGGGGGCCGUCGGCGGCGGCGGCGGCGGCGGGCGGGGGGUUCCCGUGGGCCGGCGCGGUGCCGCCCGUCAGCUACAUGCACAUCUGCGAGACGGAGAGCUUCAGCAUGGGCGUGUUCCUGCUGCGGAGCGGCGCCUGCAUCCCGCUGCACGACCACCCGGGCAUGAACGGCAUGCUGAAGGUGCUGUACGGCACGCUGCGCAUCGCCUGCAUGGACACGCUGCCCGCCGCCGGUGCCCCGCCGCCCGCCGCCGCCGCCGCCGCCGCCGCCGGGCCCUGCCACCGCGCCCUGUUCCGCUCCCGCCAACACUACACGCCGGCCUCCCCGCCCUGCCUGCUCUCGCCGCACACCGACAACCUCCACCAGAUCGACGCGGUGGACGGGCCCGCCGCUUUCCUCGACAUCCUGGCGCCGCCCUACGACCCUCAGCACGGCCGGGACUGCCACUACUACCGGCUGCUGGAGGGGCCGCCGGCGGGCGCCGAGCCGCCCGGGCUGCCGCGGGAGGUGUGGCUGGUGGAGACCCCGCAGGCCGCCGAUUUCUGGUGCGGGGGGGAGCCCUACCCCGGGCCCCGCGUCUGCCUCUGAGGCGGCGGCGGCCGCGCUCCGCCCUGAGGGGACCCCGCCGCCCCCCCCCCUCCCCGCUUCUCCCGGGCGCCUUCUCCCCGCAGCGCCGGGGGAAAUAAAUCGCCAGAGCGUGUUUGUUUCCUUCAGGGCGAUGUGGAGGAGCGGCGCGGCUAAACUUCUGCUCGGCUUGUGGGAAGAGCGAAGGGGGGGGGGGGGCUGUUGGGGGGAAUAAUCCCGAGUCCUGUGUAAAUAGUUAGGGCCGCGCACCAGCGAGGAGGGACCGGGCUCCGGCAGGGAGAAUAAACGCAAUAAUAUGACUUGUGGCGGGGGGCUGCGGAGGGCACCCACCCGGCAGGGGCUGCUCUGGCCGCCGCAGCCCUCCGUCUCCAGAGUGAGUCUCGGCGAGAGCUGCACCCUGCUAGCAAAAAAAAAAAAAAAAAAAAAAACCCAACAAAAAACAAACAAACAAACAAACCAAACCCAGAAGAACACCCGAGCCAGGACAUGCUCCUCCAGCGAACGCCAGCGAUCCCCAGAGCUGGAGUUAAGGGAAUUCCUGCUCCAAAGGGACGCCGUCAUGCUCAGAAUUACUUCUUAACAGUUCUUUAAAGCGUUGCGUGUAAGAUCUCGCGGUUGCAACUAAGAAUUACAGAGUACGUCUAUGCAUACUUCCUUCAGCUAGGAGAAGGAGGCUAGUCAGCUGCUAAUUAACCUCGCUGGGAACCUUUUCAUGCAGGAGUGGCGGAGGGUAGCGGAAACUGUGGGCAUCCUAAGAGAAAAGCCGACUAUCCACUGUUGUGUCGUGGAAGCUGUUCUAGAAACACGACGUAUUUGCAAACCCUAUAUAUACAGCGCCGCGUGCACCCUAGGUACAGAUAAGAUACGACCCGAUGUCUUCUCUUUAAAAUGUGGUCUGUGUUUUUAUAUGGACAAAUGAACGCUUCGGGCUUUUGGAGCCUUGCAGUUUCCUUCUUUAUACUAUUUAUAAAGACUACUUUUUCAUAAGGCUUUUAAAUAAACAUAGCGUAAAAGAAACACCGUGAAUUUCGCCUGGCUAUGAUGGAAGCAGUCUGGAGAUGCAGUUUGUCUGCGGCAGGGGAUGCGAUCUUUCUAACAAGGGAGGAACCUUUAUUUAGGUAAAAUGCUCCAUCUCUACUGCAGGGACUGGUCUCGUACCCCUUCGUCCUAACGCACACUUCGUACUACAGACCCAGGCCGGUGCAGCCUUGGCCCUCUUGGUCAGGAUGUGGGAAUUUGAGUAAGAAAACACGACUUAACUAACCUCCUGAGUGACGUACCAACCUGUUCCAGAAAUCAUUCCACAAGUGGCUUUAAGUUUUCUUUGCGUAUUUAUAAAAGCAGACUUGUUUUUCCUGUACAGUGGCUUGUAUGUACAAAUUUUUACAUGAUUCUGAUACGGCAUUGUUGCCUUUUUUUUUUUUUUUUUUUUUUUUUGGCUUGUGAAAGAAUUAAUGUAAAAUACAGUCAGCAUUAUGCAUGCACAGAUUAAUUCUUUUGCAAGGAAAAAAAAAUGGUGGAGAUUAUUUCAGGCAAUUUCCAUUUACUCUUGCAGCACUUUAAAGUGUCUGAUAUUUCUGCAGCUGGCUUACCUGUUUUUCCUGGAAUUCCCCUGCAGCUUAGCAUUAGUUAAUGUGCAACAAUUCUCUAUCGAAUGUAGUCAUUAACUAUAACAACGCAAUGCCUCCCUGUGUUACAGCCUGUCUCUGACUCUCUCCGAUGCUAAUGAAGACCAUCAUCCUUUUUUCAGAAGUCCACAGAGAAGAUAGCGUGGUACAUGCAAACAUCUGUACUGGAAAAACAAACUGUGACAGGGAGUACUUUUUUUUAUCUCGUCUGCUCUGUCCUACCCUGAGGUCUUUCAGCUUGGUUUUUGUUUUGUUUUUUUUUUUUUUUUCUCCAUGUGUAAAACCUAGUCGAAAUGUUUAAUGGGAUAGGGCUUUAAUGCAUCUUUCCGUAGAGGACAGCAUGGUCCCUUACACUGCGGAGUGCUGUUAACAACUAUAGCAAAAACUUUUUUUUUUUUCCUUUUUUUUUCUUUUAAUAAAGGUGUUAGCAUCAAAGUAUUAAAGCUGGGUAAAAUAGCAAAGAAAACCUGAGAUGCAUUAAAGAAAAGCCUCUUUGUGUAACUUCUUGCUUACUCAGUGAUUGAAACUUACUUCGUGUGUUCUGGAUAUCUGUAAGCAGAAGGUUUAAGUCUGUAAUGCCGUUCCUCCUCUCUGCAGCCUGGUUAUUGUGUUUUCACAACAGCAAAAUCACUGUUAUUGCUGAAUUAUAGAAUAAAUACAGGAUAUCUCA